AUGUCUCCUCUUUCGACACGAGGGAGCCCCGCCAACCUGCAAAACGGACUUGAAACCUACCGCCGCAGCUUCCCGCCGCUCACUGGUUUGACCUCCCACAUCCGCUUCAAUCCCGCAUCAGACUCGUCGUUCGCACCUCAGCGUGCUGUCUCUCAAUUCAUAUCCUCCCUUCACGCACACUUCGACACUCUCCCGAGCGACCCUCACGCCCCGGCGUCGGCAGCCCGCUUCCGCCAGUACUCUCGCGCGGUGGUGCUGCCUUUCGAGGACAAGCCCCGCGUAUACUGGUCCCCUGGUCACUUCAAGGACGGCCAGGACAUCACGUACUACAAUCAAGGUGUAUUCAACCCGGAGCACAACUCCGAGAGACGUGCUAUGCCCUCCAUUCCGGAGAGCAUGCACCACGAGCUGCUGGAGAAGCUCAUCCUCACCGACGUCGCACUGUGCGACUGGUCUGUCGACGAACUCCGCCAUCCCAUCAUUGUUGGUGUGCACUUCAUCAAAACCGCGCCGACGGAGGAGCACCCGGUCUCGAAGACAACGCCGAACUCGCUGCACCAGGACGGCCACAAGUUCUCGUUCGUCCACCUCGUGCAACGGCGUAACGCCAUCGGCGGCGAAAAUGUCAUCGCCGCGCAAGGCGGGCGGUACUCCGGCCUGCAGCCGAGUGAAGUACCCGCCGAGGACGUCUUGGCUCGCUUCUAUCUGGAGUCUCCCCUUGACACUUGGGCGGCGUACGACGCCAAGUGUUCUCAUUAUGCGGGCCCCGUUAUGCAGGAGGUGCCUGGACCUGAGCCCAGCGAGCGGAGCGUGAUCAUCUGUGACAUCGAGCCGAUGGUAGCCGCCGUGUGCCCCAUUUGA